AAAGCCCUUCUCGGUACGAAUUAGCUAGACAUCUUCCAGACAUCUUCAAAGCGCCAACCCUGCAGUUUCUUCUGUACACAACACACAAACAACCUCUAAACGCGCUGUACGCCAACCCAAUUAUAAAUCAUAGAAGAGAGAGAACAAGAUCAAAAAUCAAGAAACAAAGAACCCCAGGAGAGAAAGAAUCAAGAAACAAAGAAAAAAGCUCACAGAGAGAGAGAACAAGAUCGAAAAUCAAGAAACAAAGAACCCCAGGAGAGAAAGAAUCAAGAAACGAAGAAAAAAGCUCAGAGAGAGAGAGAGAGAGAGAGAGAGAGAGAGAGAGAGAGAGAGAGAGAGAGAUUGUUUCUUGAUGAUCAUGGCGAAGUUACAAGCCUUGUAUAGAACCCAAAAAGUCUUAACGGAUUCGGAAAUGGUUGCGGCUCAACAGUUGAUGCAGCUAAGCGAUGAGGAUAACAGCAAUAGCAUUAACAGGAAGAACAAGAACAAGAACAAGAACAAGUUAGAUCACGAUAAGGAUAAGGACGAGGAAUUUGAUCGGAACAGCCAAGAUGAGAUCACUUCGACGAAGAAGAUUGAAGAGAUUUUUGGUAAAGAAGAGGAGUUUAUCAUUGAACGGCGAAGGAAGAAAAGAAUGAGGUCUCUUGAGAGUAUUUACAAGGCCACCAAGCCAAUAAAGAUUAGACAAGGCAAGAGUCAUCAUGAGAAGAGAGAUAAAAAGUGUGGCACUUUUAUUGCCUGGUGUGAACCUGUGCCUUCAACUGCACCUCAAACUAAUGUCACCAUGAACACCUCUGAAGGAAGAAACCCAUCUUUUUCACAGUUCGUGAAUGAGUUGCAAGAGGAGGUACCCAAACUCAAGGAAGAGAUUAUAAAGAUGAAGAAUGAUGUGAAGAAAGUGAAGGAAGAACAGAGAAUAAUACCAGAGACGCUUGAUAGGAUUGAGGUGAUUUUAGAGUAUUUGAAGAAAAGUAUUUGGAUGUUGAUUAUUUUGCUAGUUGUGGUAGGAAUAAAAAUAUAUUAGUUGUUGUAGUGUUAAUUUUUUAUUGUUUGUUUUUGAUUGAUGUAAUGAAAUAUGGAUGUCAACUUGGUUUGGAUUGUAAUGAAAUUUGUAGAAUGAAUAUGGAAUUUUAGUUUA